AUGCUAUAUUUUUGGUUCGAAGAAAUGAUUUACGAAUUCAACUAAACUUCGAAGCUACUAUAAAACAUACUAGAUAUCAUAACCAACCAACUUAUUUUGUUUGUGCUAAAGACACUUACCAUGAUAAAUCUCUUUGUGGUAUACUUAGUAAGAUUGUGUAUGAUGACACAUCUCUGUUAGUAGAAAAUACAAAUAAUAAUGGAAAAAAUAUUAUUAUUGACAAACCUCCAAAAUAUAUUAUAAUCGGGCUUUUAAACUGUGCACCAGAUAGAAUUCAAUUACCUGUCACUCCUGCGUUUGCACUUACAGAAUUCAAAUGUCAAGGUGCCACAAUAAAAAAAGCAAUCGUCAAUUUAAAUGGUAGUAACAUAAGAUCUGGCAUUUAUGUGAUGUUAUCCCGAGUACAAAGAUUACAAGAUAUUAUGAUACUUCAACCCUUUAAUCAAUCAAAACUAAAUGUAGCCAUAGAACCAAAUCUUAAAAAUGAACUUGAACGUCUUGAAAAAUGUUCUGAAACAACAAAUGACUAA